AUGAGUAAAAGAGAAAUUAAUUACGUGGAGGAUUCAUCCCUCUCACUUCCAUAUAUUGAAGAUAAUGCUUUAUCCUUGGGUUCUCUUUGGGAUUGUAAUCUUUCCAAAACGAUCGGGUUUAAUCUAUUCGAAAAACAACUCACAAGCAAUCAUUUAAUAAUUCAUCCAUUAAAAACACUGGAUUACCGUUUAAUCCAUGUUAAGAGUACGGAAGAUCAACUAACAUCAUUAAAAAUAGAUGGUGCUAUAUCAAUUGAAAUAUUAUCAGGUAUUCUAAAAGUAGAAGGAAAUUGGGAUACCUCGCUCGCCAGAAACUCCAAUGAAGAACAACUUAUCUGUGAAUAUAAUCUUGAUAAUUAUUUAGUCGAAUUACUUCCUAAAGCAAAAGAUGCAAUAGAUGAUAUUAUUAGAAGUCAACUCCUUGAAAAAAAAAUUAGGGCAACACAUAUCGUCCAUGGAAUAAUUUUAGGUGCAAAAGUCUGUGCAGAUAUAAGAAUAAGACAACAUGAUACAAGCAAAAAGAUGGAUGCAAAUGGUUGCUUAAUUAGUGAUAUUCCUUUUGGUUACGUAAACGCGUCUUUAAAAACUAGUUUGAAAAUGCUAGACUCAAAAAAAUCCAGUAAUUAUGAUACGCAGAUAACUGUCAAUUCUAAACCACCAAUAAAAAAUCAACCAACAACCAUAAAUCAGAUGUUCAAUUUAAUUGAAAAUAUAGAUGUAUGUGUUCAAAAAGAGCAGUAUUAUAAAUUUAUUGGUCCUGAUAUUACAGGUGUACCUAUUCGGUUUAAUCUUGUACCUAUUUCUCAAUUUCUCGACAUUAAAGUCGAAAAACUUUAUAAACAGCUAAAAGACAGCAUCUUAGAAAAUUUUCGUACGAUGCUUAUUGCACUUAAAGAUUAUCAAUCUCAUGAAUAUAUCAAGAGAUGUGUAUUAAGAACUGAAUAUCGUUUGCAAAGAAUUUUAUAUGAUUCUCAAUCCAAACUGUCAAAAGAUAUUACUGAAUAUCAAAAUGAUUUGAAAAAAACUACAAGUCAUUAUUUUGAACAAACAUAUGAGGCUUUAAAAAAAUACAAGGUUGGGAAUUGUAGCUAUGAAGACCUCUUUGAAAUCAUGCGUGAUUAUGAUGAAAGUGAUUUCUGCAUUGUAAAGGUAUACGCCAAGAUUGAAAAAUUUGUGUCUGAUGGAAGAAAUGAACUCAAUGUUGUUCAUGAAAAGGAUGCAGCUCUUAUGAAUAUACUUUUACGGACUGGUACUGAUUCUUCGAAAAAAAAUUCUGCGUUCCAGAAUCUUUUUAAAAUAGUCAACGCUUUACAAAAACAAAAAAUUGAAGUUGGAAUAGCUUUACCAAGCAUUUCGAAUGAAUUUUCCUUAGAAAUUAAAGAUCAUAAUUUGUCAAAAAUUUAUAAUAUGACAGAGAUCCCACAAGUUCUCAGAAUUUUAAGUGCUGCUGUAGGCAUGGGAAAUCCUAUUGAAAGUCGCUUUUAUAUGCUGAAUGCAUCACAUUUAAAAAUCAAAUUACCAUUAGAACUUAAAUAUUUUUCUGAAUUAAAUAGUAUAAUAUCUUUACUGCAAAUAGAUUAUAAGGUUUCUAUAGCACAUUCUUAUAUAGAUUCUCUUCAAAAAAUCAGAAACUCUACCCAUGGUGAUCUUCAAUGGAAAUUUUUUGUCGCUUUAGAUGCUCCAGAUACUGCGCUAGAUGCUGUUUAUGCUAUCAAACAUCUUCCAAAAGAAAUUUUUGAAAAAAUUGAAUUAAUAAUUGGUGAAUCCAGUAUUCCAUCUUUAUAUGCAGCACCCCUGCUGAUUGUUUUUUAUGAGGGUGAGAUCAAAGCAGUGUGUUUAGACGAAUUAGACAUUUUAAUCCUUUUAAAAAUGUUCGAAAGCAAAGAUUUUUCAAUAUUGUCUUGUGAUUCUCUUCGCUAUUCAUUAUAUCCUGAUCGAUCUAAAUUUUUCUUUGAAUUUACAAAAACUGUGGAUCAAACUAAAGUAUUAAAAUUAGAUCAAAAUACAUUUGAAAUACCAUUUAAUCAAUCACCAGAUCAAACUUUGAGUGAUGUAUUAAAUGUUGUUCGAAGUGCACUUUUUGGAAAAGAUUUAGAUGUAAUUUCAUCAAUUGCUCAACUAGCUAUUAUGAACAAUGAUAAAUUAAUCACUUCUCUUACAGAAUAUGGGUGGAGCACAGCAGAUUCUAAAUUUAACAACAAAGUAUUAAGUGCAGAAGGUUCAAAAUCAUUAUGUGCUAUAUUACACGAUUGGUUAAAGUCAAGUGAUCCAUUUUUAUCAAAAGUCAAGUAUGCAAAGAAUACUGUAGAAAAAGUUUUAAAUAAUUUUGAUGACAAAGAUGCUCAAAAAAACCUUAGUGAAUCUGUCAAAUUAAUUUGCAAUGAUCCAAGUUGUAAUCGUGAAAUUAAAACAAAUAUUGAGAAACGUAAAUCAAUAAAUGAUAUUGGAGUUCGAUGCGAUGAAUAUAUAAAAAUUUUUGAUCAACUCUCUGCAGAAUUUGACAAAAAGGAAUCAUUUCAUGUUUUAAACUUGAUUUCUUUAUUGAAAACCAUGCAACCAUUGGCUAAUAAAGAAUUUUCGGACGUUCUAAUGGACGAAAUUAUUCCAAGUUAUAUUAACAGAUUACCACAAUAUAUGGAUCCCUAUGAAAGUCGUUGGGAUGAAAUUAAAGAAUUUAUGAAUAGAAAGUCAUUACCAGAUCUUGUUUCAUUACUUUCAAAGUUGAAUUGUGAUCCACAAUUAUAUAAGCUGCACGAAAAAUUGAAUAAAAUAAGUGACAUUAAUAAUCGAAAUGAUAUUAAAGAUCUUUUUGAACUAACAGUAAAGGACUUAACGGACGAACAAAAGAAUUAUUUAUGGAAGAAUUCAAGGUUUGGGUAUUUGGUUCAAAAUGCAGCUAUAUUUAUGCCAUUGGUUCCCAUUUCAACGUUAUUCAAGUCAAUUAAUAUUAAAGAAUUUCCAAAUUAUGUACCAGAAAGUAUUCAAAAUUUACUGAGAGAAUACUUGAAAGAACAUUAUGAACCAGAAAAUUUUUCUCAUAAUGAAUUAAAUAGUAUCGAUCAUGUAAUAAAAUAUUUUGAUUAUCUACUCAAAAAUCAUCGAAUACCGAGUGAUAUACUUAGGAAGUCGAUCGCAAAAAAUGAAGAGUUGGAAAGAUGUUUAAAAUCCGCUGGAGUUUUAUCUGAUGAUAAUUGGGAUUCAAAAGAUAAAAUUUCCAAGGGUUGGGAUCAAUAUACAAUUGAAUUAGCACUUGAAAAGCUUAAUAAAUGGAAAUUUGAAAAACAAAAGGAUGAACCGAUUGUCAUAAAUUCGGAUUAUGAAUUUAUUACUAACUCAUCACCAGAAACACCAGAUUUUAAGGUGUUGAGAAUUCACAAAAAUUGGCAACCUUUAAUGGGUGAAAAAAUAAAAAUAAUAAUGGCAAAAGAUUACAACAGAAUAUGUAAACUCAUUCCAGCCCCAAAUGUUUCUGAAAUUCAGCCUGAAAUUCGUAUUGAAAAAAUACUUCGUUAUCUCAGACAAAAGGUUAAAAUGUGGGGUUGUAGCGCACUUACGGCCAGUAAUAUCUUAAGAUUAGUACCUAAGUCAGAAUAUUCUAUUAAUAACAAUCCAGAUCCAUUUAUAGAUGACCCAUUCUCUGAUGAAGAAUUAACUUAUAAUGAAUCAGAGAAAGAAAAUAUUCCCUUAUUUAUUUCAAAUAGUUCUAAUAAAAAUAAUAAUUCAUUAGCUCGAAUUGAUUGUAUUGCGUGUUUACUUAGCACUGUUGAUUGUACAAUAGCUCGAGAUAUUCUUCAUACAAUGGCAAAAUUUCCAAUGGCACUACCUCUUGUAAUACCUGAUUUUGAAUAUAAAAAGCAGUUCAAGGUUAUGUUGCCACUUCUUGUUGGCCCAACAAUCAAAUGGGAAACAAAACCUGGUUUAAUUAUUGAAAAUCAUCUUUUCGAAAGCCCAUUUAAACUUCUUGUUGCUAUUCGAAUUGGAUCCAAUUCUAAGGGAAAAAGUACAAUUUUAAAUCAACUAAUGGCAGUUGACCACAUGUUUUCAUCAGUUGGUGAACCUGGGGCAUCACGAGGAAAACCUUAUACUCUACCUGGAACCGUUGAGUUUACAUGGCUUACUCAAGAAACUUGUAAUGACGGUUUUUGGAAAAAUGUUAUGGAACCUUAUUAUAAGAGAAAAACAGACGAAAUUGUGUUGUUGGCAAAUUUACAUGGUGAUGCCUUAGACUAUGAGGAACAAAUUCAAUGGCUAAAACAAGCAACAUCAAAAUUUUUAGUUUUCAUCAUGCCAAAUGCAGAGGAAAAAGAAUGGAAACAGUUGAAUGAAAUUGUAAAUUCCAAAAGGAUUGUCUACUUCAUGGUGGAUUCUGAAAAUAAAAAUAAACGUUAUAGAAUUGAUACUGGAUGUUUAACUGAAGAUGAAACACUAGAGAUAGUACGUUCUAGAUUCAAAAUGAUCCUUGAUAACGAAGUUGAAAUUCAACUUGAUCUUAAUAAAUUCAUGUCAGGAAACCCACUGAAAUUGACAGAAGGAAUUGAAUGCGAUGAGUCUCAACGAAUUAUAGAUUUAAUUAAAAAAUAUUCUUGCGCUACUACUAAAAGUUCUAUGUUACUUCAAAAACGACAUAUAAAGAUAAUCCGGGAUCCUCGUGAUUUUUGGGAAAAUAAUAUAGCUUUACAAGCACUAAUGAAGCAUUUUGGAAAGAUUAUGAGUUUACCAAUCGAAAAGAGGAAAAGGGCUUUGAUUCAUUUAGAAAAAUGUGUCUGUAAUAUCUCAGCUGGAGAGUCAUCAAAAGCUCGAGAAAAAGUUUUAUUACUAAGAGAAGAACUAAGGCGCACAAUUGAUUUGGCGAAUAAAAAUGAGGAUAAAGUGAAAUUAUGUAGGGAACAAAUUAUUCGUACUUUUGAACAAAUAGAUAAUAAAAAUUUAGGUUUAGAACAUUUCUUCCGUGAAAUAGGACAAAUAUAUGAAUUAACUUUAAAUAAACCUAAUCAUAUAUCACAAUUUCCUAAGUCUUAUGCUGAGCUAUUAGUUGAAGGUCAAGCUAUUGAACUAAUUGACGGUGAUUCUGGCAAAAUGUCUGGUGCUUGGCUAUUUGCUAUUUUCAAAGAAAUAUCAAUUAAGUAUCCUGAUUUGAGAAUAUUUGUUGUUUCUAUUCUUGGACUGCAAUCAUCUGGAAAGUCUACCUUAUUGAAUGCCCUUUUUUCUUGCAGAUUUGCAGUAUCACCUGGUCGUUGUACUCGAGGGCUUUUCAUGAGAUUAUUAUUUUUAAACAGUGAACUUAGUGAAGAGCUUAAUGUAGAUGCAAUCCUACUUAUUGAUACGGAAGGUCUUGGUGCUCCAGAGAAAAUAAAUGAAAAAGAUGCAUUGCAGAAGGAUCGACUAUUGGCUACGUUUGUGAUGGGCAUUAGCAAUUUAACACUUAUCAAUGUCCUCGGAGAAUAUAUGAAUGACUUGAUAGAAAUAUUACAGAUUGCAAUUGUUGCAAUGGCACGUCUAGAAAAAGCUAAAAUUGCACCGGAUAUUUUUAUGGUACAACACCUUACGGAAAGAAAUACAGCAAAAACUUCUUCAGGACAAAUUCAACUUUGUGAAGCUCUUCAGAAGGCACUUCAAGUCGCAGAUCAGCAUGAUGCUGAACUUGGUAUUACAAAUGCAAAUAGUCUAAAAAUUUUAGAUGAAAGAAUACAAAAAGGAGAACUCCUUCAACAGUUUCGUUCAUUUAAAAAUGGGGCAAGUAUAAAUUCACCACCGUCUGAUCAAUACCAUGAAGAUGUUACGAAAUUAUAUGAGGAAAUACUUAGGGUCUGUAAGCAUUCUCAUAGUAAAGUAUCAUUUAAACAAUGGUAUUCAGUCGUUAAUGGAUUUUGGGAAUCUGUCAAAAACGAAAAUUUUGCCGUCCAAUUUAAAAAUCUCAGGGAAAUAUACGAUUUUAUAGAGAGAAGUAAGCUGAUUAUGAAAGUAAAAGAAACAAUUAAUGCUGCUUUUCAAGCUCAUACAGAACAAUGUUCAGACCUCAUUCGUCGGAAAACAUUUGAUAAUUUGGACAGUUAUAGUUUACGUGAAGAAUGCAUUGCAAGCAUUGAAGAAGAGUCAAAUAAUGCUUUAUGUAGUAAUCACUGUAAUGAGUGCAAAAAAUUAUCAGAAGCAAGAAUUUCACGCCAGGCCAUGAAAGCACAACUUAUUCAGGUUCUUGAAGCUAGACUUAUAAGUGAGGGAUAUACAGCCGAAUUCAUGGAUAUAAUUACAUCUCGUUUGAAAGAAGAAUUAAAAAGACAUCCAUCAGGACGAUUCAGUAGAGAAGAUCGUAAUAAAAUUGCCGAUGAUAUUUGGAAUCAGUUGAGGCGACUUGCAGGUGACAAGAAUAAUGUAUCAUCGGUCGAAACAAGAAUUAAAUCGGAAGUGAAAGAAGCUUAUGUAAAUGUAGAAAUGGUUUAUAAUAAAUUUAUAGCUUAUGUUACGCCAAACAUUUCAAGUCAAAUAGAAAAUAUCUUUACACAAUUCAACAUACACUCUGUAUCAAAUGAAUUUAACAAAUACGAAGAAGAACUCCAGGGAUUGGCCGAUUUAAUACUAAAGGAAAAAAAUUCUGUUAAAUUUGAAAGUGGUAUGAUUACAACACUAUAUAUAAAAGCAGAAUCAAUAAUUAAAAGGAUUCGUGAAGCAGGCCUUUUUCAAUCUCAAUGGCUUAAUCAAAAUAGAUAUGAUAUUCAUUUAUAUGCCUUGGUAAAUUUUUAUAAAAAAAUGCAAAUAGCGCAACGUAAUUGGGAUAAAAGAUAUAAUCCACUUAAAAUACUUGAAAAAAAAAAAAAUGAUUAUAUAAAGUUAAUUAAUCACAGACUUCAACAUGGCUUCUCAUACGCUUCCGAGGGGAAGAUCGUCGCACAAUACCUACUUGAAGCAAUAAGAAAUAAAGCAGUGAAUAGUGGUAAUGAAAGAAGAAUUCGUGAAAUACUUCAAAUCAGUUGGAUGAACAGUAGUGAACAUGCAAGGCUCAAAUAUUUUAAACAAUUAGCUGAACAGGUUCAAAAACAUGAAUAUCAUAAUGCUCUUGUACAUUUUGAUAUUCCAGAUGUUAAAAUAACUGAAUGGUUUAAAAAUGAAGUCGACAAUAGCUACCCUGAAAUUUCUAAGAAAGAAUAUUAUAGGGUAUUUGAACAAGAAUUCAGUGAUAUUAUUUCCAAAAUUAAUAAUUACAGAUCUAUCGAAAAUUUUCAAAAUUUCGUUAAAAGUUAUUUGGAUCAAGUUGAAGGAUGUAAAUAUAAAAUGCAUAAAGAAACAGAAGAAACAAGUGAAUCAGACGUUGAUGCAUUUCGUGAUAGUAUGUUGGCAACUUUAAAACACCAACGUGAAAAAUAUGAAUCGAGUCCAGUAAAAUUUAAAGCUCCUUCUGAAUAUGAAAUUGUAAUGGAAAGGCUCGGCUGUACAAAAUCGUGCACGUUUUGUGGAGCCAUCUGCUGGGGACCACGUGGCCACGAGGAAAAUACAGAUGAUACGAAAAAGCACCAUUCAUGUCAUCAGCCGUCAGGUCUUCGGGGAACCAAUCACCAAUAUACCAAAGUCUUAGAUCCAACACCAUGUCAUCUGCGCGCAGAUAAUACUAAUAUUAGUUGGGGAGAGGAAGGUAAUAGAAAAUGGAUGAAAUGGAAUGAGGCAAAGCGAAAAUUUUUUGCUGAUUGGCUCUUUCUUGCGCAUAAUAAAGUAAACUUUAAUAAUCUCAUGUGUUGGUUCUUUCAAGAGUUGCAUGUUAAAAUAGCAGAAACACGUAAUUUUGUUAUGGCAAGUAAGGAGGAUUUGAAAAGGUAUAAUUGUAUUAACUUGGAUUAUUAUCAAAUAAUAAAUGAUUUAAUUGUUGAAAUUGGAUAA